AUAGAAGAAUAUCAGCUCUAAAGCCACCUCCACCGUGGCACACCAACUUGCUACGCUAGCAACAAGGCCGAUAGCAAAACGACGCUAGACCUUACUCUUAGCAACAUCUCAAACCGGUUGAUUAAAUGCGAACUUCUAGACUAAAACUACGGGUCAGACCACAGGGCUACCUAUUCCGAAUAGAACAUAGAGGUCGAACUAGCAAGCACACGACUACUACGAAAGCUCUACGAACGGACAGACUAGAUAAAGGCGGGACAAGCUAUUCAAUACGCCCUAAGCCAAGCGAGAGAAUCCGCUACACGAGAACAACUAGAUAAUACAGUCGAACAGCUUAUUAGUAUUACCGCAGCUACUAUAAACGAGCUAACCCCAACCGCCAAUCCAUGCCCAUACUCAAAACAGUGGUUCAGCCCAGAACUAAAAGAA